AUGUUCAAGAUUCCCAAUGCUGGCAAUAAUGAUCUUCAGCCUCUGCUCAAGUCGACAUUGGCCGCAAACACUUCAGUGCCAAGUUCUUCCCAGGUUUUGUCACGUCCUGUCAACAACGAGAAAGAACGACCGACAUCAGCUCGAACAUUAAUAUCCGUGUCGAGCGCCGCUCCGGCAGUCAAGAAACCUGUAGCAGCUAAACUCUCCACCACAAAAAGUGCGACAGUAGCGACUAACGACACAACCCCUGGAUCCGGAAAGACUGGAACCUUGGCAGGGCCAAUUAACGGUUGCGGUCCUGACCUGAAGAGAUCAUGGAUAUUCCGCGGACGGAUCGCUGCAUAUCUGCGCGUGCGAGAUUGUGUAGGACCAAUAGCCCUAGUACCAGCAGCCCUCCAACCUGCGACCGCCCUAAUACCGACCUCCCAUGCCCCAUCGGAAUCCGAGAGCAAGCCACAGUCCGUAUCAUCGCCAGUGCCCCAAGCAGCAAAAGAUACUCAGCAGACAGACUCUCAAACCGUGAAAGAUACUCAGCAGACAGACUCUGAACCCGUGAAAGAUACGCAGCAGACAGACUCUGAACCCGUGAAAGAUACGCAGCAGACAGACUCUGAACCCGUGAAAGAUACGCAGCAGACAGACUCUCAACCCGUGAAAGAUACGCAGCAAACGGCUUCUCAAUCAGGAACAGAUGCUUCGCAGGUAGAAUCCGAGCCAGCAGCGCCAGCUGUAGCCCCCGCGCCCACAGAUGCUCCAGUCCUUGUGCAGGGUCAGACAGUGCCAGCUAAUGGAAAUCCAAUCACCAUAAGCAAACAGCUUGUCCGAGUCGCUUCCGGAUCUAUAUUUGUUGGCACCUCAGCAGCACCAGUUCCGGAAGCGCAAGCCAUGCCAUCGCAUGCGCAACCCGUUGUUGCAGGGACUUUGACGUUCCAACCGGCAUCGCCAAGUCCGGUUGCGCAAGUGGCGCCUUCUCCCGUUGUCGUUGGCGGUUUGACAUUCUCAGCAGCACUAUCAGAACCAUCUACUGGAUCGGACACCGCGCCGGAUCAGCCCCAAGCUCGGCCAGUAGUCGUAGGUGGCAAGACAUAUGCACCAGUAGCACCCACUUCUCAGUCUGGAACGCCACAGUCACCGGCCAAUACGCCAGACCAAGGGGAUUUGGAGCCUUCAACUUCUCAAGAGCAGUCCAAUGAUUCAGUCAACAAUGACCACACCAAGAUAGACCAACCCAAUCCCCAAUUAGCGCAGGUAGAUUCCAAGCCGAUCAUGAUAGGAGGCAUGACAUACACGCCAGUUACUGCAAACCCUACGCCUUCGCUGCAGAGUGCAGCGGUUUUCUAUUUUGGCGGGAUGGCUCUCACACAAGGUGGAAAAGCUGUCAUGAUCUCUGGCACACGCAUGUCUCUCGGACCAUCUGGCGUCGUUAUAGGAACCUCAAGCUUACCAUUUUCGACUCCUGCUCCUCCAACGUCGUUGCUGGCAAUCGGUUCACAAACAUUGACAGCUCUUCCGGGCAUCGAAGGAGGCUUCGAGAUUGGGCACUCCACACUCCUUCCAGGAUCCUCAGCCGUUUCCAUCAAUGGAAUAACAUACUCCAUCGAUAAAGCUGACUCCCUUAUUGUUGGCACAUCUACCAUCCCUCUAGCUACCGCAGGCUCUAGCAACACGAGUAAUAAUGCGCUCACAGCAGGUGGAGAGACAUUUACUCCACUGGGCAGCACGGCAGUUGUGGUCGACGGUACUACUCUUGCUAUCGGAGGCCCCGCAAUUACGGCAGAUGGGACGAGGCUUUCGCUUGCCUCAAAUGGUCUGCUUGUUGGAUCAUCAACCUUUGCCUAUGCAACCCCUGUCGUGAAUACAGUUACCGUGUCAGGCGCGGGUUAUACUUUUAGCACGGGUAUUUUACCUAGCGGUGGUGCUAUCGCAACGUCGUUUCCUAGUGCAACGGGUGGUGUGGGGAGAAGUGCUGCGUCACCGGCCAAGACGAUAACAUCUAAGAUUCUAGCCUUAUGGUUUGGGAUGUCGAUAUCUCUAUCGAUGAUAAUAAGGAUAUUAUAG